CUUUCAUCACAGUCUCACAGCUCAGAGCAAGACACGACUCCUGCGCCACGCCUCACACACUCUCGAAGAGUCCUCUCGAGCGAACAGCAUAGCCCCUGGCUCCCACUACCCGCCGCGCUUCCCCUCCCUCACCUCGCCCGCCAUGAUCGCCGACACCUCCCAGGCCGAGCUCCAUCUCCUCUGCUGCUCGGCCAUCGUGCGCGAGCUGAUCCAGCAGCACACGGCUGCCUCGUCGUCCUCGUCGCCUACAAACCCGCCAAACCUCGAGCAGAUGCGAACCAAGUACGCGCGCAAGUACAAGCUCGCCGCGAUCCCCCGUCUCACCGACAUCCUCGCCGCCGUUCCCGAAGAGUGGAAGGACCGACUCCGCGGCUGGCUGCGCGCCAAGCCUAUCCGCACAGCAAGUGGCGUCGCUGUGGUUGCUGUCAUGUGCAAGCCUCAUCGGUGCCCUCACGUCGCCAUGACGGGAAACAUCUGCGUCUACUGCCCUGGCGGCCCCGACUCCGACUUUGAGUACUCGACACAGUCGUACACGGGCUACGAGCCAACCUCGAUGCGCGCCAUCCGCGCGCGCUACGACCCCUACGAGCAGGCGCGCGGCCGUAUCGACCAGCUCCGCUCGCUUGGCCACUCGGUGGACAAGGUCGAGAUCAUUCUCAUGGGCGGCACGUUCAUGUCUAUGCCUGAGGACUACCGACACAAGUUCAUCGCUGGCCUGCACAACGCGCUCAGCGGUGCGACGAGCGAGGACGUCGACGAGGCUGUCAAGUUCAGCGAGCAGAGCAAGACGAAGUGUGUGGGCAUCACGAUCGAGACACGGCCAGACUACUGCCUCAAGCCGCAUCUUAGCCAAAUGCUCCGCUACGGCUGCACGCGUCUCGAGAUUGGUGUGCAGUCGGUGUACGAGGACGUCGCCCGUGACACCAACCGAGGACACACUGUGCGCGCCGUGUCCGAGUCGUUCCAGAUGGCCAAGGACGCUGGCUACAAGAUCGUCGCGCACAUGAUGCCCGACCUGCCCAACUGCGGCACCGAGCGCGACAUCUGGCAGUUCCAGGAGUUCUUCGAGAACCCAGCCUUCCGCUCCGACGGCCUCAAGCUGUACCCCACGCUGGUCAUCCGCGGCACCGGCCUGUACGAGCUCUGGCGUACAGGCAAGUACAAGAACUACCCACCAAACGCCCUCGUCGACAUUGUGGCCCGCAUUAUGGCCCUCGUCCCGCCUUGGACGCGUGUGUACCGUGUUCAGCGUGAUAUCCCAAUGCCUCUCGUGUCGUCCGGUGUUGAGAACGGCAACCUGCGUGAGCUCGCCCUGGCGCGCAUGAAGGACUUUGGCGCCGAGUGCCGCGACGUGCGGUACCGUGAAGUUGGCAUCCACGAGAUCCACCACAGCAUCCGCCCGCAGGAGCUCGAGCUCUUGCGACGCGACUACACGGCCAACGGCGGCUGGGAGACCUUCCUGUCGUACGAGGACCCGGAGCAGGACAUCCUCGUCGGCCUCCUCCGUCUGCGCAAGUGCUCCGAGGACGGCACGUUCCGCAAGGAGCUAGUCGGCAUGCCUGGUGGUUGCUCGCUCGUGCGCGAGCUGCACGUGUACGGCACGGCGGCGCCGGUCCACUCGCGUGACCCGAAGAAGUUCCAGCAUCAGGGUAUUGGUACUCUGCUGAUGGAGGAGGCGGAGCGCAUCGCGCGCGACGAGCACGGUAGCGGGCGCAUCGCCGUCAUCUCGGGCGUGGGCACGCGCGACUACUACCGCCGGUUGGGGUACUGGCUUGAUGGGCCAUACAUGGUCAAGGAUCUCGACUUGUAGUGUGGGUGUAGGCGACUGUUGUGAUGUACAUCUGGG